ACGAAAGGGACAUGCGCGCGUGCUCACUUCCUUCACAGCUCCUGCUUCCUUCUGCGGUCUGUCUGUGUUGGUAGCAUAGAGGUUGAUAGCGGCUUUUGCUUCCACACGUGCAAUCUUUUCUAUGUGAAGCUCUCUCUCUCUUGGAACCCGUGUACCAGCUCAUCAUCCCGCUCUGUCAGAAUAGGUACAUUUACCGUCUGAGUGUAAAGCCAUAGAAACCGACGACAAUGGGGGCUUAUCUGUCGCAACCUAACACGACCAAGACCUCUUCCGAUGGCGGCAACAGCAACAUGAGCUACGGUUUCUCUGCCAUGCAGGGCUGGCGCGUCUCCAUGGAGGACGCUCACAAUUGUAUCCCAGAGUUUGAUGAGGAGACUGCCAUGUUUUCUGUGUAUGAUGGACAUGGAGGUGAAGAGGUGGCGCUGUACUGUUCCAAGUACCUUCCUGACAUCAUCAAGGAGCAGAAGACCUACAAAGAUGGCAAACUGCAAAAGGCUCUGGAGGAUGCCUUCUUGGCCAUCGACCGUAGAAUGAUCAGAGAGGAUGUCAUUAAGGAGCUGAUCCAGAUUGCUGGACGGCCCACAGAGGAGCCGCCCGCUGAAAAGGUGGCAGAGGAGGACGAUUUGGACACCGAGGAGGCAAGUUUGCUCCAUGAGGAAGCCACAAUGACCAUAGAGGAGCUGCUGGUACGCUAUGGUCAGAACCUUAAUGCUGUCAAGCAUGCAGCUGCCCUCAGUGCGGCUGCUAAGAAGGCGUCCUGCUCGCACCCUGAGGCUUCGGAAGACAAAGGGGAAGAUGGGGAAGGACAGAAGGAGGGGGUAAAUGGAGAGGCAGAGGAGGCGAGCAAUGGGAAGGUGAAAGAAGGCGAAGGAGCGGCAUGCGGGUCGAAGCUGCGAGCCUGUCGGAGAACAGGAGGAGGUGAAGGCAGUGGUGCAGCAGCUGACUGCGGAGAGUCAGGAAGCUCCAAUGGAGAAGAAAAGGCUGGUAAAGCAGAGGGAGACGCAGGUCCCUCCUGCUCCUCUUUGUCCUCCAAUGCUGCUGGAGAUUCCAAGUCUAGGUUUUUUGACGACAGCGAGGAGUCCGAGGAGGGAGAAGAGGAGGAGGGCAGUGAUGAAGAGGAUGGCAGCGAAGAGGAAGAGGGUGACAGUAGUGAGAUGGAGGAAGAGGAGGAUACAGAGGAGGGAGAGGAAGACUCUGAAGAUGAAGAAGAGGAGGAAAUGUGCCUACCUGGAAUGGAUGGCAAGGAGGAGCCUGGCUCGGACAGCGGCACCACAGCUGUCGUUGCUCUGAUCCGAGGAAAACAGCUGAUUGUGGCCAAUGCUGGAGACUCUCGCUGUGUGGUGUCUGAGCGUGGCAAAGCUGUCGACAUGUCGUACGACCACAAGCCAGAGGACGAGCUGGAACUAGCUCGCAUUAAAAACGCAGGAGGGAAAGUGACCAUGGAUGGACGGGUCAACGGUGGACUGAACCUCUCCAGAGCUAUUGGUGACCACUUCUAUAAGAGGAACAAGGCUCUGCCUCCAGAGGAGCAGAUGAUUUCUGCUAUGCCAGACGUCAAAGUUCUGACGCUUAACGGGGACCACGACUUCAUGGUCAUUGCUUGCGACGGCAUCUGGAAUGUGUUGAGCAGUCAGGAGGUGGUGGACUUCAUCAGCGAGAGGAUCAACAAACCAGACGAGAAUGGCAAAGUCAGAGUCCUUUCAUGCAUAGUGGAAGAGCUGUUGGACCACUGUUUGGCCCCCGACACAUCUGGAGACGGGACAGGAUGUGACAACAUGACCUGCAUCAUCGUCACGCUCCGGCCACACCCGUCCCAUCAGCCAGACGACACGAAGAAGAGGAAGCACCCGGAGGAGGCAGAAGGAGCCAAGCCGGAGGAGAACGGAAACGACAGCAAAAAGGCUAAAAGUGACUAAAGGCAAAGAGAAACUGUCCCAGAGGGAGCAGCUGGUCCCGGGCUACACCAGAUACACCAGAGACGCAUUCUGUUCUAAAUGUAAUCCUUACCUCACAGACAUCCGUAAACAGAAAUUACAAUUCCUACACAUAUGCUCGAAGACCUGAACUAAGAUCAUCAGUAUAGUUUUUUUUUUUUUUCCUCGGUUUUAGGCAGAUUACUUUAACACCCCCUCCAGUUGUUUCUUUUCGUUCGGUCUCGCUGGAAAGAAGCUGGACACACUUUUACUUCUUAAAUUCAGAAGCAGCAGAUUCACAGGCAUGCUGAAUAGCACAUCGUUUUCUAAGUUUUCGUAACUAGAAGGCAGAUGCAGCGCGAACCGGUCUACCGGACAUGCACUGCACUCUGUCAUUAAAAUCUUUAUCCACAUGACCGUUUCACAAUUAUGUUUUAGUGGAAGUUUGAGGAUAGCUCUCAUGUUGACCUGUGUCUGAUUGCUGUUCACAUUUUACAGCGUGACACGUGCAUUUUCAUUGCAGUUUUGCAAUAUAUAUGAUGUGCAUGUUACUUUUCCAAUAUGAAAUUGCACAAUGCUUUCUGUGUGUUGUGUCCAAAUAACAAGGCAUUCAUUGUAUCUCAAAGUGCCAUUAAAACCAUCAUUAUUUCCUAA